UAAUCCACCCCAACCCUAAUCUUGCUGCACUCUGCGCUCGCCCUAGCGCUCGCAUGUCUCACGAAGAUCGAAACCUGCCAGACCCGCCGCAGUUGGCGGCGGAAUCGUUGCCGGCAGAUGCGGGCACCGCCGCGCAUAGCAUCGACCCUCACAGCAGCUCGCGCGACAGCUCGGCGACCCGACGGGUCGACGACUCUGCUGAGCUGGCAAGCCGCAUCGCAGCGAGUGACGAUGCGACGAUUAACUCUGUGUCAGCUAGGACUUCUGAAAUGGCGCCUAGUGGCUCGUCAGCAGAUGCCCGUGCGACGAGAGGGAGUACUUCGGCGAGCGAUCAACGGCUGCCAACAAGGCGGCGACGAGGCUGGCUCGCAGCCGUCGCAGGGUUGAUCGCACGCUCGCCGCUAGCCGCUCUUUGUCGCACACUGGGUCGCACGGUGCGUCGCACAGUCGCACGCGAGAGCGUCCUGAGCGUCGCAUUGAGUCGAUCCGUCGGCGGGGCCUUGAGCGUGUCACGCAGCGCGGCGUGGUUCGCGGUGCGGGUGGUAGCGAUUAAAGCGCUAAGAAGGCCCCUGUGCGCCGCUGGCCCUCCGUUACUAUGGCCGGCGCUGCACGUGGUGGCGGCGGUGCACCUGGGGGAGCGGAUAAAGGGGAAGGCGGGCGGAAGGGUAGGGGGAGGGGGAACGGUGGUGGCGGAAGGGCGAGGGGAGGCGGCAGCGCACCUGGAGGGAAUUGGGGGAGCGGAGGAAUUACUCAGUGGUGUUGUGGCGGUGACACGUGGCGGGACGUGGAUGAUUCUGGAGGUAUUUUCUGCGCCGCUCCUCGCCGCCACGCUCUCCUCCCUGCUGCCCAUCCUCUUCCCCCGCCGCUCCUCCCCCCACCGACCCCCCAAGCGCGCCUCUCCCAUGCGCUCACCCUCCGCCGAGACCCUCCACACCACUCCUGCAACAGCAGCAGCAGCAGCAGCAGCAGCAGAAUUAACAGCAGUAGAGGCGGGCGCAUGGCCAUCAGGAGUGGGUGCUACAGGGGCAGCAGGGGCUACUGCACUCACUGACUCUCCGCUUGCCUCUCUAUCUGCAGCCACAGCACCGACCCUUCCCUCUCUCCCUCCGCCAUUCCCCACUGCUGUCAUUCCCGCGCUUCCUUCUCCCCCGUCUCCCACGCUCUCACCUGGUGACCGCGAUCUCAUUCGAGAUGUGCGAUUGGCGCUCCUAGAUGCUGACGUGGACACACAUGAAUGGCUCUCAGAUGACAGCAUCCUGCGCUACGCGGUGUCGGGGAAGCGCCACGUGCCGCGCAUUGUGAAGGGAAUCACAGCCACUGCGGAGUGGCGCCGCUCCUUCCGCCUCAUGCCGCCCAGCGAGGUCUGCUGCUCGCCCUUUGGGGAGUAUGGGUACUGGCACGGCGUGGAUGUGGACUGCAGGCCCUGUCUUGUGCUGCAUGUGGGGCGGGCGGCUAAGGCCAUCCCGUCCGCCCUGCAUUCUGACUUCGUCCGCUACCUCGCGUCCCUGGUGAGCGCGGUGGCAGCAGCGCUCACCCUAUCGUCGCCUGACAGCGGGCGCAUCGCGGUCGUCCUCGACUGCCAGGGCGCGCCCUCCCUCUGGCACCUGCCCGUGGCGCUGCUGCGCGCCACCAUCACCGCUCUGCACCGAAACUUCCCGCACCGCAUGGCCCGCCUGCACGUGCUGCACCUCCCGCCCGCCCUGCGCCUGCUGGCACGGGCUAUGCUGCAGCUGCUGAGCCCAGCCACGCGCAGCAAGAUCCAGGUCAUGGGUGGUGGAUCUGCUGCCACGUCAGCACUCUGUGAUCUCUUUGGGGCCCAAGUCAGCGUGCCAGCUAGGCUGGCAGGCGGCUGCACAUGCGGGGUGUGCUGCGAGAGAGAGGGCGAGGCAGAGGAAAGUAGGGGGUCCUGGGUGCAGCAGAGACACCGAGGGACCCAUGGAGAAACGGUUGCGGCCACGCAAGCAGGAGGCGCAGCAGAAGGUGCAGCAGGAGCAGGGGCAGCAAGAGACGCAUCGGUAUCAGGCCUGUCCGACUCGCCCUCACUGGACCACCCCGGUAACAGCGUUACCCAUCCAUCCGCCCGCCUUCCCUCGCCCGUGGCACCUUGCACCCCGCAGCAGCGCUCACCUCAGCAGCCGUCAUCGCACCACCCGUCUCCUCUCCAUCCCCGCCUCCGCUCGCCCAUCCCCUCAGCUGCACUCACAGGCAGGGGAGCGCCGCCCUUGCAGGGGGUGGAGUGGGCGGAGAUGCGGUGGGUGAGCCGGCAUGUGGCGUUGCGCCUGCUGCUUCUGCUCAUGACGCUCACUCUCGCUGCCCUCUGCCUCUGCUCUGCUGCUGCCCUGGCUGGUUAUUCUGUUCCACAUGCUGUAUGUGCGUAGAUAGUGCACUACCUACGGUCCCAACAGCACUUGUACUCAGGAUUCCUGCAAGGCACAACAGCAACUUCACAGGUGAGGUACUAGUUUCGGCUUACAUGGAAUGGCUGCCAAAGUUGAUGGUUUACAUACAUGGGUAUUUGCGUCUUGGUGGAAAUGGAUCAAGCCAGUGCGUCUUGCCAGUGUGUGAGAGCGGUUGAACAUUCUGUUCUGUGGCACUAGUGCAAUGAUAAAAAAUAAAGAGAAGCGAU